AUGUCUGAUAAUAUCGAAGUCAACCCAUCAGAUGUUGUGUUCUUGCAAACACUAGGGGAGUCAAAAUACUCCGUGAUUUUUAAGGUGGCUAUCCGCGAUGAGGUAAAGGUGAUGAAAGUGUAUCAUGAUAGACGCCCAUCUGAACACGAUUCCCCGGGCUGCGAAGUGAAUCCCUUUGUUUGUGAAUCUUCGGCGUAUCGACGGCUAAAGGAAAAGGGUUUAUGCAAAAGGGGCGUCGUUCCUGACUUUUAUGGGACAAUUGUGAAAAUACAACCAAAUCUUUGGCCAAGCCUUCACAUGUUUUCUGCCGAUGUACUGCUUCCGAAUGCCAUUCUGUUGGAAUAUAUUCCGAAUAUGCGUCAAAUGGAUUUAUCUAUAUUUUCAGAGCAUCGUCUGAACGAGCUCAACCGCAUUCUUCAUGAUAUUCACCGAGCGGGGGUUCUUCAUGGUGAUCCCGAUCCCAGGAAUAUGAUGGUUUGCCCUGGUCGUUGCGGAAAACAAGAUAGAGUGCUUUGGAUUGAUUUCGACUCCGCCCAGCUUCUUUCGGAACAUAAUCUCUCACCGCAACAAAAACGCAGCUCCAGGAUGAAAACGAGUUGA